GUUAAGAAGUUCCACAGUGGCUUAAAGUUCAUCACUGUCCCAUCUCAGUGCACCUUCUACAGAGACCAGACUCACAGCUGUCACAGUGACCCAGGGGGCUUUGAAAUACAACCUUCAGAAGCUGAAAUUUCAGCAAACUAUGGACCAAACUACCAUCCAUUGUUCACUAUGCAUUUGCCAUUGAGUACAGAGGAAGUGACUGUUAUCAUCAAGUAUCAAGAUCAAGCCAUAUGGAAAUACAAACUCCACCUGCCAGGGAUAGAGGAACAGGAACGGCAGCAAAGUUUUUUCAGUGCACAGAACCUUCGGGAGAUCAGACCAAAGUUCAUUGAAAACGUGUCGGAUCCAACUUUGAAAAAGCUGCUACUUAAACUGCGCCAGUGUGAAGUCAUCACUUCAAAUGAGGAGGAGAAAGUUAGAGCACCAGAGCUGAAAUCAGAGAGAGCCAGAAUCCUGUUUGACACUGUGAAGAACAAAGGAGAAAAAGCAAGUUCCAUUCUGAUGAAAAGCCUACAAGAGGAGGAUGAGUUCUGCUUUGAUAACUUGAUGUUGGGCAUCGAUCAGUGAAAAGUGAUAAGUUGUUGGGACUGUAAUAAUCUGCAUCUCUGAUCAAAUGAAACCAGAAUAAUGCUGCUCUCUACUGGUUAUAGUUUUUUUCAUAACUCCAUAUUGUCUUAUACACAAUAUUACCAAAAGUAUUAACUCACAUACUCUCCUUGACUCGCAUAUGAACUGAAUUGCCAUCCCAUUCCGAACCCAUCAAGUUCAAUAUGAUGUCCGUCUACUUUUUGCAGCUAUUCCAGCUUUUAUUCUUCUGGGAAGGCUGUCCACAAAGUCGAGGAGUGUGUUUAUAGAAAUCUUUCACCAUUCUUCCAAAAGUGCAGUGGUCAGUCCUGCAAAGAGGCCUGGCACUCAGUCUCUGCUGUAGUUCAUCCAAAGGUGUUCUAUGGGGUUCAGGGCAGAACUCUGCUCAGGCUAGUCCAUUUCAUCCACACCAGACUCUGUCCUCCAUGUCUUUAUGGAUUGUUCCCAAAAGUUUGAAUGUAAUUGUCCAAAAUGAUUAUUUCAAAGUUCCCUUCACUGGAACUAAGGGGCUAAGCCCAACUCUUGAAAAA